AUGCGUCAGUGUCCAGAUGUGGACGUCUAUAUGCCCGGGAGAUUCCGAAACCACGGCUACUGCGAAGACUCGGCUGCCUACAUGAAGUUUUUAGAGUCGCGGAUCCUUCCGGCGUGGGCAAUCACAAUGAAGUACGUGGACAACACAACGAAUGAGACGUUCUCGUACCACGACUUGUGUCCGAAGACGCCCGUGAUCUUUUUUAGUCACUACUGGGAUGACUCGCCGGGGUCGCUGAAUUGGCCUAAGAGUAAACCGGUGUAUCUCAUGCCGAACAUUGAAAUGUAUGAGAUGAGGGCUGAACACUAUUGGGCUGUGGACGUCGUGCUUUGCAAGACGGCCAUCUGUGCUCGUUUUGUACAAAUGUGGUAUCAGCAGGAGGGCAAUCCGCGUCAUACGAAAGUGCUGUACACGAGGCACACGACGUCAGAUAUUGCAACGUUGGCGAGCGCGCGGCUUGGCGAGGAUGCAAUCAAGCCAAAGAACUGGUCGGAUGUGCAUUUUAUCCAUAGUGUCGGCCGUAGCCCCUAUAAGGGAACCGAAGCUGUGUUAGAGUGCUGGCUCAGUCGCCCAGACUUUCCUCCCUUGGAUGUGUACGUUUACGAGAAAUUCUACAACUUCGUGUGGAAGGCUCGAUAUCAAAAUCGAACUCGAGACUCGCAAGUGCUUACCAUUCAUCCAGGUCACGUUUCUGCUAAUGAGUUCGGCAAAUUGAUUGCAGAAUCGGCCUUUUUCAUGUGCCCGAGCAAAAUGGAGGGUUACGGCCACUACAUAAACCAGGCGCGUGCUAGUGGCGGUCUCAUUGUGUCGACUAACUUGCCGCCCAUGAACGAGCUGUUGACUCCCGCGUCUGGUGUGCUCAUUACAGUGAAGCGCCAAGCGCCAAGCGCGUAA